UUUUUACAAAGAAACAAACACAAAACACUUGAGUUCUGAUUCGAAAGAAAUGAGAAGUGUAUGAUGUAGCAUUUUUGUUUCCUCAGUCAUUCUUCUCCAAAGUUGUCAUCAAUGGCGGACUGGUCUGAACUUCCGAAGGACCUUCUAAACCUAAUCUCCCAACGCCUUCAAAGCCCUCUCUACCUUCUCCGUUUCCGAUCCGUUUGUUCUUCUUGGCGCUCUUCAUCUUCAUCUUCUUCCCCUUUUCCCUUCUCUCACUCCAUCACUCUCACCCCCACCUUCUCCCUCUCCCAUCGAUCCCUUCUCCUCCUCACGCCACCCUCCACCGCCCCCAACAGCCGUCCCUGGCUCGUCAAAAUUUCCCACGACACACGCGCCGGUUCUGCGCGUCUCUUCCACGCGCUUUCCCGCUCCCAGCCAAAACGACCCCGUUUCGCGCUCGACCUCCUCCGCCUCCACGUUCUCGACCUUGGCCGCGAGUUCCGCCUCUCCAGCGCCUGCCCCUCCACGGAAUCCCUCUACGACGAGAAGCUCGUCCUCCUCUCCGUUGGAACUGACGGCUUUGCCCUCCUCACCAUCCACAUCUCCGGCAAGCUCGCGCUCUUCCGCCGCGGCGACUCGGGCUGGACCAUCAUCCCCAACAUGCCGACCCCCUACGAUGAUGUCUGCGCCUUCCGCGGCUCCUUCUACGCCGUCGACGGAAACGGCCGUACAGUCACCGUGGGUCUCGACUCCUCGCUCCGCGUUGUCACGGAGCGCGUCUUCGGCGGGGACAAGAAGUUUCUGGUGGAGUGCGACGGAGCGCUGAUGCUGGUGGACCUGUACUUAUUCACGGACUACGAAAAUUUGGACGAGGAGGGUGUUGGUAUCAUUGCGUGGGAGAGGACGGUGAAGUUUGAUGUGUUUAGGCUCGAUGAGGAGGUGGGGAGGUGGGUGGAGGUGGCGAGUUUGGGGGAGUGGGUUUUGUUCUUGGGAGAAGAUUGUGCGUUUUCGGCUUCUGCCAAGGAUUUGAGGGUUGAGAGAGGGAACUACGUGGUGUUUAGAGAUAAUUGGUUGGGUGCUGUCAGGGUUCCUAAUGUAAUGGGAGCUUUUGAUUUGGGUGAUGGAAGGAUUUCGCCCUUGUCUGAGUGUCCCGGCUUUUCUGAGCUAUUCUGGCCGCCCCCGGUUUGGGUCAGGACCCAUUGAUGCUUCUCGAGGCUAAGCUAGAAAAACCAAUAUUCAUGAAGAUGAUGUCCCCAGUAAUCACCACCUAACCUCGGCAAAGCAACAUUCACGAGUACUCCAUUGUAAAUUGAAUAAAGAGUAAGAUGUUUGGAAGUGGUCGAUCAAUUUGUCUCUUUUGAAACCAGGAUUUUUGUUUGAGGUUGAUAAGGCUUCUUUAGUUCUUUUGCAUAUUGAAAUAAUUCAUUGCUAAAAUCCAUAAAUUCAUUGUCUUCUGUACAUACAAGGUUCAACAGCCCAAACUUGUAACUGCUUUCCAUCUUUGCAAAUAAUUUUCUUGAAA